AUGCAAGGAAAAAAAAGUGUGCGGAUUGAAGUUCAAGACCAAAUGUUGGAACACGAAUUCUGGUUAGCGCGAAUACAGGACCCUUGUAUCAUUGGAUUAGACUUGUUAGUUCACUGGGGUGCUGUGGUUGACCUUGUGAAGUCGACCCUCCCUCUUGGGCCUCUCACAGUUGAUCUCCAGCCUGAAAAGCGGACAAGAAAGAGGCAGAGAACCCGGAAAGUCACUCCAAGGGGGGUGGUUCCAGCGGUGGCGGUCCAGAUCCAGGCGGUCCCAGCGGCGGCGGUCCAGGUGGUCCCAGCGGCGGCGGUCCAGGCGGUCCCAGCGGUGACGGUCCAGGCGAUCCCAGUGGCGGCGGUCCAGGCGGUCCCAGCGGCGGCGGUCCAGGCGGUUCCAGAAGCGGCUGUCCAGGCGGUCCCAGCGGGGGCGGUCCAGGCGGUCCCAGCAGCGGCAGUCCAGGUGGUCCAGGCAGUCAAGGUCCAGGCGGUCCCAGCGGCGGCGGUCCAGGUGGUCCCAGCGGUGACGGUCCAGGCGGUCCCAGAAGCGGCGGUCCAGGCGGUCCCAGCGGCGGCGGACCGGGUGGUCCAGGCGGUCGAGGUCCAGGCAGUCGAGGCCCAGGCGGUCCUAGCGGCGGCAGUCCAGGCGGUCCCAGUGGCGACGGUCCAGGCGGUUCCAGAAGCGGCGGUCCAGGCGGUCCCAGCGGCGGCAGUCCAGGUGGCCGAGGCAGUCGAGGUCCAGGUGGUCCCAGCAGUAGCGGUCCAGGCGGUCCCAGCGGCGGUGGUCCCAGAUGUGGCGGUCCCAGCAGUGGCGGUUCCAGCGGUGGUCUCAGCAGCGGUCCAGGCGGCAGAUCACCGCUCCCCAACACCGGCUGGCGCUUGCACAGCCAGUCCCCGUGCCAUACCACCCCCAUCCACGGAGACUGUGAAUGCUGUCAAAGAGCUGUGGCAGCGCAGUAGUGAGGGCCUAGAUCAGUGUCAAAAAGAGCAGUUGAAACAUCUCUUGGACAGGUAUGUGGACAUCUUUGCCGCUCGAGAUGAGGACUGUACACAAACUCGGCUUGUCCAGCACUCUAUUGACACUGGUUCGGCCCCCCCAAUACGCCUUAGGCCCCAUCGGCUCGCCCUUUCAAAGAGACAGUUAGCAGAGGACAUGAUCCACAAAAUGCUUGCGGCUGGAAUAAUAGAACCAUCCAGCAGUCCUUGGGCAGCUCCAGUAGUUCUUGUGCGCAAGAGAUUGGGUGGGUGGCGGUUCUGUGUGGAUUACCGUCGUCUCAACGCGGUCACAAAGAAGGACUCUUAUCCACUACCCCGCAUCGACGAUGCUCUGGAUUACAUUAGUGGAUCAAGUUGGUUCAGCUCCCUCGACAUGCGAAGUGGAUAUUGGCAGGUGGAGCUCAGCCCCCAGGCCUGGGCAAAGACUGCAUUCACAUUCGGGCAAGGACUCUGGCAGUUUCGUGUAAUGCCAUUUGGCCUGUGCAAUGCGCCGGCAACGUUUGAGCGUCUCAUAGAGCGGGUGCUCACCGACAUUCCUCGCAGCCAUUGUGUGGUGUACCUGGAUGACUUGCUGGUCCAUGCGAGUGAUUUCAGCAAAGCUUUGGGCCACCUGAGCGGCGUCUUCAGUGCUAUUUGUCACGCUGGUCUGCGGCUGAACCCUGCCAAGUGCCACCUUCUGCAGAGAGAGACUACUUUCCUGGGUCAUGUGGUCAGUGCUGAAGGAGUAGCGACUAACCCAGAGAAAGUAGCGGCUGUCCAGGAUUGGCCGAUCCCGGUUAACGUACGUGACCUCCGCAGUUUCUUGGGACUGGCGUCCUACUAUCGCCGCUUUUUCAGGAACUUUGCCUCUGUCGCAGGGCCCCUACACCGCCUGACGGACAAAGGAAAGCCUUUCGUUUGGACUAACAGCUGUGACACUGCUUUCAACCAGCUAAAAGCAGCCCUCACAGCCGCGCCCAUCCUUGCGUACCCGCACGUAGAUCUCCCCUAUGUGGUGGACACAGACGCUAGUGGCACCGGAAUUGGGGCUGUCCUUUCACAGCAGGGAGGCGAAGGAGAGCGAGUAGUGGGGUACUACAGUCGCGCUCUCAGUCGUGAGGAGAGGAACUACUGUGUCACACGCCGAGAGCUGUUGGCCGUAGUGAUGGCAGUACACCAUUUUCGCCCCUAUUUGCACGGCAACAAGUUCCUCCUGCGCACAGAUCAUGCCUCACUGACCUGGCUUUUAAGUUUCAAGCAGCCAGAGGGACAAGUAGCUCGUUGGCUGGAAGUUCUCCAAACUUACAAUUUUGACAUUCAACAUCGCCCUGGACAACAACACAAUAAUGCGGAUGCCCUGUCACGACGCCCGUGUGUUAUAGCAGAGUGUCGUUACUGCGAGCGCCAGGAAGAGCGGGAUCGGGACAAGCCUAGGGUUUCCACUGCCACAAUUAACCCCCCUGAUGACCUGUCUUCAGAACAGCUGCAGCAACAGCAAGAGUCCGAUACCACCCUGGCCCUGAUCAGGAAGUGGCUGGAACUGCCCAGACGUCCUGAAUGGCCGGCAGUCUCCCCCCAUGGCACUGAUAUUAAGGCCUAUUACUCUCAGUGGGGAAACAUUGAGCUUCGUAACGGCUUGCUGUUCCGGAGGUGGCGGGCUCCAGGGCAGGGCAAAGACAUCUUACAGUUAUUAGUGCCCCGUUCACUUCAACCUCAGGUCCUUCAGAGUGUGCACGGUUCAAUUGGCUCAGGCCACUUUGGCAUCUCCAAGACCCUCCAUCGGCUUAGGGGACGUUUCUACUGGCCCGGCUGCCGACAGGACGUGGAAAUACAUGUGCAUUGCUGUGAUUUGUGCACUGCUCGGAAAGGUCCCACCCAGCGCUCACAUGCCCCCCUUCAGCAAUACCUGGUCGGGGCUCCAAUGGAACGAGUAGGUGUGGAUAUUCUUGGGCCCUUUCCUGUGACCGAUACUGGAAACCGCUACGUCCUAGUAGCCAUGGACUAUUUUACGAAGUGGCCGGAAGCCUAUGCUGUACCAGAUCAAAGUGCCGCCACAACAGCUGGAAGACUGGUUGAUGAGAUGUUCACCCGUUUUGGAGUGCCCUCUGAGCUUCAUAGUGACCAGGGGCGGAACUUUGAAUCCCAGGUGUUCAGUGAAGUUUGCAGACUGCUCGCAAUUAAGAAGGCGCGGACAACUCUUCUCCACCCCCAAAGUGACGGUCUAGUGGAGAGGUUUAAUCGGACUUUGGCUACCCAACUUGCUAUCCUGGUCAGCAAGCACCAGCGUGACUGGGACCGUUAUCUUCCCCUCGUCCUCUGGGCCUAUCGAACUGCAGUCCAGGAGUCCAGUCAGUGCACCCCAGCUGCUCUCAUGUUCGGUCGAGAGCUCCGCACACCCGUGGAUCUGGUGUUCGGGAGCCCUCCGGAGCCCGAGAUUGCAGGAGGGCACGAGAUGGACUAUUUCCAAAGACUCAGAGAGCACCUGCGGGUGGUGCAUGACUAUACUCGCCAAGUUCAAGCCAGUUCCGGGGUACGUCAGAAGAGGGCCUAUGACAGUCACUGCCGCGGUCAGCCCUUCCAACCUGGGGACAAAGUGUGGGUUUAUUGCCCCGAUCGAAAGAAAGGUAUCUCUCCUAAGCUGUGCAGUCAUUGGAGGGGGCCAGCCGAAGUUGUGGCACACCUGUCCGACGUGGUAUACCGUGUACGCAUUCCAAACAAGGGCCGUUUUGUGGUAUUGCACAGAGACCGGCUAGCUCUGUACCGCCCCUAUGCUCCUGAGACUGUUGGUGAAGUAGACGGAUUACUUGUCCAAGUUCAUCUGUCUCCCAGACGCCCAAUUCGCCAACGUCGUCAACCUGGUCACUUGAGAGACUAUGUGUUAUUUGAUGGGGUUGUCGGGGACGACUAA